GCUAGCCAUACUUGGGAAUUAGUAGCUCACCAGUCGAAGGAAAGUAGACGAGAAGCCGCUCCCCAACAAAAUAAAAUACAAAACAAAACCCAAGCCCCAAAUCAAGAAACUCCUCCUCUCUUCAAAGUUUCCCCCAUUUCUUCUCCCCUCUCAGCUCAAAAUGAUGCCCGGAGACGGAUCGGGUACCGUAACGGGCACGGCCAUUACCCGCCACAAAGGAGGGCCGAAUCCGGCGAGGCCGCGGCGGCGGCGGCGGCGUGCGGCGGGCCGUGGAGGUUCGCUUAGGGUUCUCUUCACCUCCUCGUCGUCUUCGUCGAUGCCCGUCGAUAGGGUUUCAGCGUCUCCUCAGUGGGCGGCGUUCGACGCGGCCUAUUUCCAGUCUUACUCUCAUGUGGGGAUUCAUGAGGAGAUGAUCAAGGACCAUGUACGAACUGAUACUUACAGGACUGCUAUUAUGAGGCUUCAGAAUUUUAUUUCAGGCAAAGUUGUAAUAGACGUUGGCUGUGGGACGGGCAUUCUGUCCAUAUUCUGUGCUCUUGCUGGUGCUAAACGUGUUUAUGCUGUAGAAGCCAGUGAUAUUGCUGUACAGGCUAAUGAAGUAGUAAAAACAAAUAAUCUCUCUGAUAAAGUCAUUGUCUUGCAUGGACGAGUUGAGGAGGUCACCAUUGAGGAGAAGGUUGAUGUCAUUAUUUCUGAAUGGAUGGGAUACAUGCUUGUAUAUGAGAGUAUGCUGGGCAGCGUCAUUUUUGCCAGAGACAAAUGGCUUAAACCAGGAGGGCUAAUUCUUCCUUCGCAUGCAACGCUAUACAUGGCGCCAGUCACACAUAGUGAUAGAUAUAGUGAAAGCAUUGAUUUCUGGCGUGAUGUCUAUGGGAUUGAUAUGUCCGCAAUGUUGCCACUUGCCAAACAGUGUGCAUUUGAAGAGCCUAGUGUAGAAACAAUCACUGGAGAAAAUGUUCUUACAUGGCCAUCUGUGGUGAAAUAUGUGGAUUGUUACAACGUUUCAGCUCAAGAACUUGAAAUUAUCACUGCAAAAUAUAGAUUUGAAUCAAUGAUGCGAGCCCCUCUCCAUGGAUUUGCAUUCUGGUUUGAUGUGGAGUUCAAUGGACCUGCAAUGUUCUCCAACAGUCAUAUGAACGACUUAUACUCACAUGAUUCUAGCCAGUCUAAGAGAAAAGAGGCAAUUGUGCUGUCAACUGCACCUGAGGAUGCCCCAACACAUUGGCAGCAGACAUUGCUCUAUUUCUUUGAUCCAAUAGACUUGCAGCAAGAUCAAGUUAUAGAGGGCUCGGUCACUCUAUCCCAAAGCCAGGAGAACCCUCGGUUCUUGAACAUCCAUCUUGAAUACUCUUCAGGAGGUCGUUCUUUUGUAAAACAGUCAGUUAUGAGAUAGUUGUCUUGAUGACUUCUUUUUAUGGAUGCCUUGGAUUUCCAGUGGAGGUAAUGACCAAAGCUAGCAAGUGUUUACUUACAAUUGCUGGCAGCUGUUUUUACCGAUUCAUAUUCGUAUGACCACUCAUCUAGUAACAAGUGGGAGUAGCUCCCUAGAAAGAGAUCACAGUGUCCAAACGUUGUAUGUUGUACUUCCAUGCUGAAUGACCACAGCAACCCAUUGAUUAGAUUGAAAGUGGUUAGUUUUUCCCCCCCUCUUUUUCCCCCUUAUUUUUCGUCAGGUAUUUGAUGGAAUUGACGAAUUGUAACAUGGCUUAUGCUUUGUAGCAACAACUAUCUGAUCCAUUGAGGGAAAAUGGCAUUUAUUUGCUUCAAUGAAGCUA